UCUGAUGAGCGGACACUUGGGUACCUUAGCGCGGCGUUCGGUUCAUCCCGCAUCGCCAGUUCUGCUUACCAAAAAUGGCCCACUUUGAACGCGCCCUGUUUCAGCCCACAGGCCUCUAAUCAUUCGCUUUACCUGACAAAACCGUUGCGUUCAAGCUAUCCUGAGGGAAACUUCGGAGGGAACCAGCUACUAGAUGGUUCGAUUAGUCUUUCGCCCCUAUACCCAGAUUCGACGAACGAUUUGCACGUCAGUAUCGCUACGAGCCUCCACCAGAGUUUCCUCUGGCUUCACCCUACCCAGGCAUAG